UCCCCAUCCCAAUUUCAGCCUCCUCUGGACCUGGAACUUCGCAGGCUGCGAGGGACCAGCCGGCGCCGAGAGCGGCGGAGUCAUAAGAUACCAAGAUGCUGCGAGUUCACAGGACCAAACUAGGCAGGCUGGGGCUCUGCCUCUCCAAAGGUCUUCACCGUAAACCUGUGAUGGCUGUGAGGCGAGAGGAUGUGAAUGCCUGGGAGCGAAGGGCACCUCUGGCUCCCAGGCAUAUCAAAAGCAUCACCAAUCUGGGAUACAAAGUUCUAAUACAGCCUUCCAAUCGGCGGGCCAUUCAUGAUCAGGAGUAUGUCAAAGCAGGAGGCAUUAUUCAAGAGGAUAUUUCUGAAGCAUGUCUAAUUGUGGGGGUUAAAAGACCCUUUGAGGAAAAGCUAUUGUCCAAGAAGACUUAUGCAUUCUUCUCUCACACAAUAAAGGCUCAGGAGGCCAAUAUGGGCUUGUUGGAUGAGAUUCUAAGACAGGAAAUCCGUCUGAUUGAUUAUGAGAAAAUGGUGGAUCAUCAAGGAGUGCGAGUGGUGGCAUUUGGUCAGUGGGCAGGUGUGGCUGGGAUGAUCAACAUUUUACAUGGAAUGGGUGUAAGGCUCCUUGCUCUGGGACAUCACACACCUUUCAUGCACAUUGGCAUGGCUCAUAACUACAGGAACAGCAGCCAAGCUGUACAGGCUAUCCGUGAUGCUGGCUAUGAGAUAUCUCUGGGUCUGAUGCCAAAGUCUAUAGGUCCAUUAACAUUUGUGUUCACAGGGUCUGGUAAUGUAUCAAAGGGAGCUCGAGCAAUGUUCAAUGAACUGCCUUGUGAAUAUGUGGAACCCCAUGAAUUGAAAGAAGUGUCUCAAAGUGGAGACCUGAGAAAAGUGUAUGGGACGGUGUUAAGUCGCCAUCAUCAUCUUGUCAGGAAAACAGAUGGUGUAUAUGAUCCUGUAGAGUAUGACAAAUAUCCUGAGCGCUACAUAAGUCGUUUUAGUACUGAUAUUGCACCCUAUACAUCUUGUUUAAUUAAUGGGAUCUACUGGGAUCGAAACAACCCUCGGCUACUAACUCGAGGAGAUCUUAAAACUCUCCUGGCUCCAGUCAAAUCCUCGGGUGAUGGUGAGAAAGGCUGCCCAGCUUUACCACACAAACUUGUAGCAAUAUGUGAUAUUUCAGCUGACUCAGGAGGAUCUAUAGAAUUUAUGACUGAAUGCACAACUAUAGAUCAACCAUUUUGCAUGUAUGAUGCAGACCAGCAUAUUCAUGAUAGUGUUGAAGGCUCUGGAAUUCUGAUGUGCUCCAUUGACAAUUUGCCAGCACAGCUUCCAAUUGAAGCUACAGAAUACUUUGGAGACAUGCUUUACCCUUAUGUUGAAGAAAUGAUACUGUCAGAUGCGACACAACCUCUUGAAAGUCAGAAUUUUUCUCCUGUGGUGAGAGAUGCAGUGAUUACAUCCAAUGGUAUAUUGACUGAUAAGUAUAAAUAUAUCCAGAAACUCCGAGAGAGCAGGGAACGCACACAAUCACAUUCAACGAGCACCAAGAAAAAGGUCUUGGUUCUUGGAACUGGUUAUGUCUCAGAGCCUGUUUUGGAAUACCUGUCAAGAGACAAAAAUAUUGAAUUAACAGUAGGUUCUGACAUGAAAAAUCAACUUGACCAGUUAAGAAAGAAAUACAAUAUUAAUCCUGUUAGUAUGAACAUUGGCAAACAAGAAGAGAAAUUGGGUUCCUUGGUGGCAUCACAGGAUCUUGUCAUCAGCUUAUUGCCUUAUGUGUUACAUCCUAUUGUGGCCAAGGCAUGCAUCGCAAACAAAGUUAACAUGGUCACUGCAAGCUACAUCACACCACCACUAAAAGAAUUAGAAAAGAGUGUGCAAGAUGCCGGCAUCACAGUCAUUGGUGAAUUGGGAUUGGAUCCUGGUCUUGAUCAUAUGUUGGCAAUGGAGACAAUAGAUAAAGCUAAAGAAGUGGGAGCCACAAUUGAAUCAUAUAUUUCCUACUGUGGUGGACUUCCAGCCCCUGAACAUUCAGAUAAUCCUCUGAGAUACAAGUUUAGUUGGAGUCCAGUGGGAGUUUUGAUGAACAUAAUGCAGUCUGCCACGUAUUUGCUCAAUGGGAAGGUUGUGAAUGCUGAAGGGGGCGUCGCCUUUCUGAAUUCGGUCACCCCCAUGGAUUAUUUCCCAGGGCUAAAUCUGGAAGGCUAUCCGAACAGGGACAGUACAAAAUAUGCAGAUAUUUAUGGCAUUCAGUCUGCUCACACUUUGCUGCGCGGGACACUGAGAUACCAGGGAUAUGCUAAAGUUUUGAAUGGACUUAUAAAGCUGGGUCUUAUAAACAGAGAUUCAUUUCCUGCCCUCCACCCUGGGGCCAAACUGCUUACCUGGAAAGAACUCCUAUGUGACUUAGUUGGGAUUUCCCCCUCCUCCAAUUAUGAAGUGCUUAAAGAGGCAGUCCUGAAGAAGUUAGGAGGAGAUAAAACCCAGCUGGAAGCAACUGAACAGUUGGGUUUACUUGGGGAUGAACAAGUCCCUCAGGCAGAGUCCAUCGUGGAUGCACUCUCCAAGUAUUUGGCUGCAAAGCUUUCCUAUGGCCCUGGAGAGAAAGAUAUGAUCGUGAUGAGAGACAGCUUUGGUAUCAGACAUCGUUCUGGGCAUUUAGAAAAUAAAAUUAUUGAUCUUGUGGUUUACGGAGACGUCAGAGGCUUCUCGGCCAUGGCUAAAACUGUGGGGUUACCCACAGCCAUGGCAGCCAAGAUGCUACUUGAUGGUGAAAUUCAAGCUAAAGGCCUGAUAGGGCCCUUUGCAAAGGAGAUCUAUGGACCAAUAUUGGAGAGAAUUAAAGCAGAAGGCAUUAUAUACAACACAUAUAGUACAAUCAAACAAUAAUUGAGAUUUACAUCUCAUUUUUAUUUUCCCAAACAACAAUUCUGAAUAAUUGUGUCAUAAACAUGCUUAUUAAGUUCCGUUUUAGUGUAUGAAGCAUGAUUUUGAUUAAAUCAGUACAAUGGUGGUUCUGAAUAUCUAUUUUAAUAUGAAAAUGUUUGAAACAGAGAUGCCAGUAACUUCCAGAGAACUUUCAUAAUAAUUCUACCAUAUAUUUUCAUAUACAUAAAAAUCAUACUGAUUGUGCUAUUGGUUAAUUUAUUAUGCAAAUUUUCAUAUAAGAAUGUAUUUUCCUAUAAUCAGAUGAAAUUUUAUCUUUUUACUUACAAAAAAUUUCUUCAUGCAGCUAUAUUUUUGUAUUUUUAAAAUUGAUUCCUUUAGAUGCUUUUAGAUUAUUUGUCUGCAAAUCUUUUUUGUGAUACAUUUUAUGCUCUUUUGGUAAAAGUGUGAUCUGUUUGUAAGUGUAUUUCUAUUGUUGUCUCUAGAGGUUGAGAAAGAGAGUAAGUAAGACUAAAUCACAAUAUCAGUGAUCAGCUCAUUAGGCAUAGCUAAAGCACUAAAUAAAUCCAAUGUUUUUUUCAUAAUAAAAAACCCAAAAUAUUAGUUAUAAUGGAAAACUUUUUCAGUCUGAUAAAGAACAUGUAUGAAAAUCCCAUAACUAGCAUCAUACCUGAUGAUGAAUUACUGAAAUAUUUCUUCCUUAGAUUAGAAACAAGGCAAGGAUGUCUUCACUUUUCAGUUCUAUUCAAAUUGUACUGGGGAGGUUCUCUUCAGGGCAUUUAAAAAUAGUAUGAUCUAUUUGUUGAAAAUCCAAAGAAAUAUUCUAAAAAUAUUAGAAUAAUUGAAUUCAGAAGUUAUUGAAUACAGAAAAAUUAUAUAGUAGUGUAUUAUUUAUAUUUGCCAGUAAAUAAAACAGUGGUUUGAAAAAAAUAUUUAAGUUUACAAUAGCAUGAAAAAUAAUAAAAUAGGAAUAAAAUUGAGCAGUCAAAAAUAGUCCUCAGAUUUAAGGUCAGUUGAUUUUUGGAAAAGGUGCUAAGAACAUUCAAUAGGGGCAAAACGUCUUCCACUGAACAAUGAUGGAACAACUAAAUGCACAUGCAAGUGGACGAAGUUGCAUCCCUACCUCAGACCACGUAUUAAUUAACUCAAGAAUGUACCAAAGUUCUAAAUGUCAUACUACAUAUAAGUUUUAGAAGAAAAUGUAGGCAUAAAAUUUUAUGACCUGCUGGUAUUGGAAUAAUGCAUGCAUGAAACAGUAUUUUAAGUUAUGGUGUCUAAUAAAAAGGAGGGGGACACAAAACAUAAAAAUGUUCAAUAAAAUAAAAUUUUAUGAUUUUGGAUUAAGCACAUGAACAAAGGGAAAAUAUAAAUUAACAUCAUCAAGAUUUAAAAUUGUUGUACUUCUAAGGACAACAUUUAAAAAUAAGUUGAAAGAUAACAUACAGGGGAGCCAAAUUUUUGUAAAUAAUUUGUGUUGAUUAGGUAGGAGUUUGUAUUUAGAUUAUAUAAAAUAAGUUUAACUCAAUAAAAUAAUAAAUCCAGUGCUCGCUUUGGCAGCACACAUACUAAAAUAGGAAUGAAAGAGAAAAAGAUAAACUCAAUUUAUUUUAUUUUUUAAUUUUAUUGAACCAUGGUGAGAAAGUUACAAGUUUUCAUGUUUGGGUUACAAUCACACAAUGCUCAAAUACCCAUCCCUCCACCAGUGCACAUUCCCCACCACCAAUCUCCCCAGUAUACCCCCCCACCCUCCCCCUGCCUCCAUGGCAGACAGUGUUCUCUAUACUCUCUUUCUACUUUUGGGCAUUAUGGUUUGCAAUACAGACACUGAAAAGUCAUUAUGUUUGGUCCAUUAUCUACUUUUGACACACAUCUCCCAUCCCGACUGAUUUCUCCAGCCAUCACUUUCUUAGUGAUCCCUUCUCUAUUCCAGCUGCCUUCACCCUUCCACUCAUAAGGCAGGCUUCCAGCUAUGGGGCAUUCCCCCCGGCCCUUAUAUCUUCUAUCCUUGGGUGUCAGCCUCAUGUUUUGUUAUUCUAUACUCCACAAAUGAGUGCAGUUUUUCUAUGUCUGUUCCUCUCUUUCUCACUCAUUUCACUUAGUAUGAUACUCUCCAUGUCUAUCCACUUAUAAGCAAAUGUCAUGACUUCAUCUCUCUUAACAGCUGCAUAUUAUUCCAUUGUGUAGAGGUACCAAAGUUUCUUUAACCAGUCAUCUGUUCUAGGGCACUUGGGUUGUUUCCAGAUUUUGGCUAUUAUGAACAGUGCUGCAAUGAACAUAUAGGUAGAGAUGUCAUUUCUACUGUGCUUUUUUGAAUCCUCGGGAUAUAUUCCCAGAAGUGGUAUUGCAGGGUCAUAUGGAAGCUCAAUUCCUAGUUUUUGAAGGACUGUCCAUAUUGGAUAAACCCAAUUUAAAAACUAAACAAGGGCAACUGAGUCAACAGUUCUUCAAAGAUGAUAUAUAAGAAGUAAAUCAGCACAUAAAAAACGUUUAUCAUCAUUAUCAUUAUCAGGGAAUUGCAGAUGAAAUAUAAAGAUGUGAUUCUAUUUCCUACCCUUCAGGAAAGUUGAAAUAAAAAGUUAAUAGCAAGGGCAGAACAGGUAAUUUAAAAGACUGAGUGUACGCUUUGCAUACAGGAGGCCUGGGUUCAAUUUCUAGCAAUGCAUGGUUACAGGAGCACUAAACCAGGUGUGCUCUUCCCCCAAAAAACCCAUCUCGCCCUCCACCCCCAAUGUUGACAAGAAUUGCUGACAAUGUGAAGAAACUGGAAUUAUCAUCAACAGUUGGGUGAAUUGUAAAAUGAUAAAGCUGCUUGGGAAAACGGACCAUUCCUUAAAAAGUUAAACAUGACUCAAAAAUUUAUUAUUAGGUAUGUAACCAAGAGAAAUGAAACACGCAUUCAUAUAAAACUCUGUUCAUUGAAUAUUUACAGCAAGCAUUAUUCACAUAGCUAAAAGUCAGAAUAAUUAAAAUGCUUGUCAACUAAUGAAUGAAUAAGUGGAAUGUUUCAUUUCAUACAAUGGAUUAUUAUUUGAAAACAUAAAAGAGACAAAGGACUGAUGUAUGCUGCAACAUGGAUGAGCCUUGAAAAAGUUAUACUAAGUGGAAGAAGCCAGACACAAAAGACCACGUAUUGUGUUAUUUCAUUUGUAUGAAAUACUCAGAAUAGGCAAAUCUAUAUAGAAAGUAUACUAGUGUUUGUUUGGAACUAGAAAUGAUUUGAAAUUUCUUUGGGGGGUAAUGUAAAUGCUGUGGAAUUCAUUGUGACAAUGGUAUUACAACUGUGAACAUGUUAAACAUCACCGAAUUGAAUACUUUGAAUCAAUGAAUUGUAUGAGAUGUGAAUUAUAUUUCAAGUUGUUGUAAAACUGAGAAAUUACAAAUAAAUGCAUGUUUUAUUUUUGUU